GAACGCGGGAAGCUGCGCCGCUGGCGGUGGCGACGAGGUGGCCCAGGCGCAGGUGGCCGCGGCGGAGAGGGCCCCCGACUCCGCCCCGCCAACGAUAUUCGACAAGAUCCUGAGCAGGGAGAUCCCUGCCACGGUCGUGUACGAGGACGACCGUGCGCUGGCCUUCAGGGACGUGAGCCCGCAGGGGCCCACGCACGUGCUGGUGAUUCCCAGGGAGCGCGACGGCCUGACACAGCUUUCUAAGGCGCGAGAGGACCAGAAGGAGCUGCUGGGACACCUCGUGUACGUGGCCUCCCAGGUUGGCCAGGCAGAGUGCCCUGAAGGAUACCGGAUCAUCAUCAACGAUGGAAAGCACGGCGCUCAGUCAGUCUACCACCUCCACGUCCACGUCAUCGGAGGAAGGCAGAUGGGCUGGCCGCCUGGCUAA